AUGGCUUUAUUGCACCGUAAAGCAUGGCUUUUGAGUGUGCUUCAAAUCAAGUACAAAGACGAGGGCAAGCCGAUUGAAGAGCUCCCUGAAGAAUACCGCGUUGCUCUCAACACCUUCCGAUUCUUUCUAAGGAAGGCGAUAAACGACACGACCAAAAUAUUGAAGCAAGAGUUUGAAUGCUCCCCUCCCAUGAGAUGGUUAUGGGGCGCACGCACCGACUUUACUGAAGACCACAAAUCGCUGCUAUACAUCCUGGAGAUUUUGAGCCUGGAUGAAGAAGCGUGGACGAGGCAAUCCACCCUUGUUGAUGAGCUCGAACGUCUCUUGAAAAACAAGCCCGAUGUUGACCGUCUCAUCUCUGCUCAUGUGUACAAGAGCAUUAGUUACUUGUCCGUACUCUCCCAGUGCGCGAAGCAGAUAGAGCUUUAUCAGCCUUGGGCUCGACAUUAUUUUUACCAGAAAAUGUUUGCUCGCCGAUAUGAACGCGAUUACAGCGAGGAACACGAGGCGGAGUUGAAGUCAGCAAUAGAGAUGGUUAAAGUGAUCCGAGGACGACAGAUUCCUUUGCAUAAAUUGGGCUGGACCGUUAAUCCAUCUGGUGGAAAGUUCAAAUACCCGUAUGAAAAACGUCUAAACAAGGACACAGUCAACGCUUUGCGACAGGCCGAGGCGAAUCUCGAUGUCGUCUGGGCUGAGCUCGACAGGCUGACCGAAACCAACAAGACUCAUUACAAGGACCUUGCCCUCCACAGUCUGCUGUCUCGCACUCUGCGAAGGACACCGGAGUGGUUAGAGCCCGAGCAGACCAAGAAGAAGGGACAGCCUGGUGCUACCGACAAGGACCUCGUGUUCCUUAAUCGCCCACUAUCUAACUUGUUCCUGGGCGAGUCUGAGCAAGAGACUCCAAAGACUGCCCCUUCGGGAAAGAAGAAGAGCAAGGCAAAGACCAAGGGCGAACCAGCAAAGGCACAAAACAUCGACACGCCCCCUGCUGAAGCCCCAGAGCCUGAAAACGUCGACAGGCAGCCAACAUUCACCGUCGACGCACGAGCGCUCAAAGUCUUCCGCACUUUGUUCUUCAACCCAGAAGUAACAAGCUCUCCUGGCGUAAUAGCUUGGAACGACUUUUCUACACGCCAUGGCUUUGACAGGCUUCCAGAUCUAGAAGCUGUACGGUUCAGUGUGGCAGUUCCAGCCCACUUCGCUGGAUGUUGA